GAGAUGAACCUGAGGAAUUCUUUGUGCACUGAAACCUUGCGAUACGAUUUCUGUGCUGUGUGCAAAUCAAGGGAUUUUUUUAUUCAAAGUUUUUAAUCACAAUCACAUGAAUCAUGGCUUCUAAUUAUAUUUGUAAUUUGUGUAUGUUUUCUUUAGUCAUCAUUAAGUUUUGCCAAAGUCAAAACAAUGCACAUAGUGACGAGUUGCAUUCAUUAUCUUCGUCUAAUUACGAAUCUCUUAACGCACGUGAUUUUGUGACGUCUAAGUACAAUUCAACUGUACGAAAUAACAGUACAAAUUUUGGGGUUUACCUCAAAUUUUCGCAAGAUUUUUCAACGAACAAAAAUUCGAGAAGAGCCGAUACAAGCUCGGCAUGGAAAAGAAAGAGACAGACAACAGAUGAAGAAAAGAGCGUGGAAUAUUUAAACAAGAAAAGACGAGACAGUGAAAAAUUAAAGUUUUUUAAUUCAGCUCAUCAUCACACCGGCCGACUGAGGAAAAAGCGACCAAAAUUUUCUAAUCUACCUGGGGAAAUGGCUAACUUGUUACGGGAUGCUGUUAACCAUCAAAACUUUUCCCAAUCUGGUAUUUUUUUCGAAGUUCGUGCCAUCGAUAUGAAAAAUCUAACGAAAAAUCCACAACAUUUUUCCAGCAAUGUUACCAGAAACGAGGAUAAAUUAUGGGAGUCAGAAAAUAUGGAUCUAGAAAACGUUCUUUAUGGCUUACACAAAUCAUCCGAAAAUUUGUGGAGCCAAGAAAGUAAGACGCGAAGAAGGAAAAGAAGAACGCUCAUCCUGCCUUCGAACAGUCAUGACGAACUAAUCUUGCCAACGUGGGAAAUAAUUCAACGUAAUGGGUACCCACUGGAGCGUCACUCGGUGACGACGAGCGAUGGUUACAUCCUCGCCCUUCAACGCAUCCCGGGCCCACGACACUCUGCUGUGGGGACCCCGCUUAACAAGGCCCCUUAUGGGAGGGCUUCGACACGGCAGGUCCGGUCAGGGGUCCACCUACCGAGGGAGGAACUGCUGGGUGGUAACGGGCUAUGGGGACCCCCACAUCCAGAGGACAUCUUAGAGAAGCUGCCGCGUGGGCACAACCCUCAUGUGGUGUUGCUGGCGCACUGCGCUGCCUGCUCUUCAGCUGACUACGUCUUGGCGGGUCCCAAACACUCCUUAGCCUUCCAGUUGGCGGACGCAGGCUAUGACGUUUGGCUGGGAGACUUCAGAGGCAACACAUACAGCAGGAACCAUACAACACUCAACCCUGACACCGACCCCCAGUUCUGGUACUUCAGCCUGGACGAGAUCGCCGGAAUCGACGUACCGGCGAUGGUCAAUUACGUGCGGCUCAAAACUCAAGUGGAUAAAAUAUUUUUCAUUGGCCAUUCCCUCGGCACCUUGUCGUUCUACAUGUCGGCCUCUACUCCGAAAAGCGUGGUCGAUAAGAUCCGCCUGAUGGUCGGCAUGGGCCCUGUCGGCUUCAGAGACAACGUGCGUGGGCCUAUGGCGCUCGCCAUGCAAAUAACAGCCAUUUUCAGGGCCCAGCUGGAAAAGCUCGGCAUCAGGGAACUGAUGUCGAGAAGUGCAACUUUCAUCAGCGCCGUGCAGAAGUUCUGCUGCUUAGACUGCCUCUUCCACCAGCCAUGCGCCGCCAUAUUCACCGCCCUUGGGGGAGGAGUCAAUCAGGGAUAUUACGACCCAAAUCGGCUGCAUUUGUACAUGGGACACUUGCCAUUCGGCGGCAUCUCCACCCGCGUCCUCGCCCACAUCGGCCAGCUCAUCACUUCUGGAAUUGCCGUGAUUACGUCCUGCGGGUACCGGGUCCAACUGACCUGCAUGCGUGCGCCUGGUCCAACUGACCUGCGUGCGCCGGGACCAACUGACCUGCGGAUGCAGGGACCAACUGACCUGCGGGCGCCUGGAUCAACUGACCUGCGGAUGCCGGGACCAACUGACCUGCGGGCGCCUGGACCAACUGACCUGCGUGCGCCGGGACCAACUGACCUGCGAGCGCCGGGACCAACUGACCUGCGAGCGCCGGGACCAACUAACCUGCGGGUGCCUGGACCAACUGACCUGCGUACGCCGGGACCAACUGACCUGCGGGCGCCGGGACCAACUGACCCGCGUGCGCCGGGACCAACUGACCUGCGGGCGCCGGGACCAACUGACCUGCGUGCGCCGGGACCAACUGACCUGCGGGCGCCGGGACCAACUGACCUGCGGGCGCCGGGACCAACUGACCUGCAUGUGUAUAAGAGACAGACCUGA